AUGGCUGCCACUCAGGAUGUGAAAGGGAAGGGAGAGGGAGGGGACCAAAACUUUGACUACAUGUUCAAGCUGCUGAUCAUUGGCAACAGCAGCGUGGGCAAAACAUCUUUCCUGUUCCGCUACGCUGAUGACGCCUUCACUUCGGCCUUCGUCAGCACAGUAGGCAUCGACUUCAAAGUGAAGACUGUGUACAAGAAUGACAAGAGGAUCAAACUUCAGAUCUGGGACACAGCAGGCCAGGAGCGCUACAGGACCAUCACCACUGCCUACUACCGUGGGGCCAUGGGCUUCAUCCUAAUGUACGACAUCACCAACGAGGAGUCCUUCGGCGCUGUGCAGGACUGGUCAACCCAGAUAAAAACCUACUCGUGGGAUAAUGCUCAGGUGGUGCUGGCUGGAAAUAAGUGUGAUAUGGAAGAGGAAAGAGUGGUCUCAGUGGAUAGUGGCAGACUGCUGGCAGAGCAGUUGGGUUUUGAAUUCUUUGAGACCAGUGCCAAGGACAACAUCAACGUGAAGCAGACCUUUGAACGUCUGGUUGACCUAAUUUGCGACAAGAUGUCCGAGAGCUUGGACACUGAUCCGGCCGUCACCACAGGAGCUCCUACUGCCAAACUCACAGACAGCGCUCCGCCGCUCCAGCAGCCUGGAUGCAACUGUUAGUGACUGAUGCCAGGAAGCAAAGGGAGGGCAGCACAGGUCCCGUAAGGUGGUAGAGUGUGCAGAGUUUUGUUCUCCCUCAGCAUUAUCACUCCUGCUAGUGCUGCUUUCUCUGGACUACAGUUCAUACCCUGUUUAGUAGUAGAAUUACAAAAUCCUGUCGUAUUAUCUCUCAACUUUUAUCACCUUAUAUCAAGAGCAAAUAACCAGACAAACAGACAUGGCUAUUGUAAAAUGUGUAACGUUACGGGAUAUCUAGAAUAAAGAGACACCAUAUUCACAUUCUUCAGCUAGUUAGUAUGGUGAUAAACCAAGUAUGUUUGAUAAGGCUGGAAAUAGUCUAUAGUCAUGAUGUACAGUUAAUCCUUAAGACCUUUUAAAAUCUUUAAGACCUAGAAUAAUUAGAAAA